AUCCCUGGAGUUGAAAGGCCAAGUGCACAAACACAGGGUUUGUUUUAUUCCUAACCAACCACAGAACAGUGUAGAAUAAUUGGCUUACGGAAGAAAAGACAGAAAAACAACACAAGAUCUUCACGUGCAGCUUGGUCUGACUACACCCUUUCCUGAAAGCAGCCUGAAUACGAACUGUUAGGAGUAGGCACCCAUCAAAGGAGUACAUGAAGAAAUGACAAUAAAGAAAUUUUAAUCGUUGCCUUAGAAAAAAGAGAACUGUGCUUUGAAACUAUUUCCAGAGUCCUUUUUUGAUUUUCCUGACCGCUAAAUGCUCAGGAAACGGAAAAAUGUCUGUCAACAAACUCAAGCACUUUUGUGCAAAAAUUUUCUUAAAAAAUGGAGGAUGAAAAGAGAGAGCUUAUUGGAAUGGGGGUUCCCAAUACUUCUAGGACUAUAUAUGGGUUUAUUUUCAUAUUUCAACAGUAUCCUGUAUCCUGAAAUGCCUCCUCAGGAUCUGGGAAGAGUAGAUAAAUUUAAUAGCUCUUCUAUAGUUGUUGUGUACACACCGAUCUCUAAUAUAACUGAGCAGAUAAUGAAUAAAACUGCAUUUGCUCCCUUUUUGAAAGGAAGAAAAGUCAUUGGGGCACCAAAUCAACAAGCUCUGGAUAAAAUGCUUUCAGACCAUUUACCAUAUGCAAUGGGAAUCAUCUUUAAUGACACUUUUUCUUAUAAGUUAAAAUGUUUGCAGGGAUCUACCAUUCCAUUUUCGAAUGAAGAACAUUUCUCAGCUUCCUGUUGGGAUAGUGAAGAUAAGUUUGUAUGUGCACUGGACAAGUACUGGAAUGAGGGAUUUAUUACUUUACAGACUGCAGUUAAUGCUGCUAUUAUACAAAUCAUGACAAAUCACUCUGUGAUGGAAGAGUUGAUGUCAGUUACUGCUACACGUAUGAAGUCAUUACCUUAUAUUAAUAAAGGCAUCCUUCAAAGUGAGAUGUUUAUUUUCUACUGCUUGCUUUACUUCUCCUCAUUUGUAUAUUUUGCAUCACUCAAUGUUACGAAAGAGAGAAAAAAGCAUAAGGAUUUGAUGAAAACGAUGGGUCUACAAGAUUCAGCAUUCUGGCUCUCCUGGAGUUUAAUCUAUUCUGGCUUCAUCUUCAUUACUUCCAUAAUCAUUACAAUUAUCAUAAAAACUACCCAAAUUAUAGUCAUGACAGGCUUCCUGAUCAUAUUUACACUCAUUUUCUUAUAUGGCUUAUCCUUGAUAGCUUUCACAUUCCUGAUGUGUGUGUUGUUCAGGAAAACUGCCCUCACCAAUUUGGUUGUGUUUCUCCUCACUGUCUUUUGGGGGCUUGUGGGACUCACUACAUUUUAUACACAACUCCCUUCAUCUGUGCAGUGGAUUUUGAGUAUCUGUAGCCCUUUUGCCUUCACUGCUGGAAUGACCCAGAUUAUCCACCUGGAUUAUAAUAUGAAUGGAGUAACUUUUCCUGACCUUUCAGGAGAGUCAUAUAUAAUGAUAGCAACUUUUUCCAUAUUGGCUUUUGAUGCUUUUUUCUACUUGGUACUGGCAUUAUACUUUGACAAAAUCUUACCAUAUGGAAAUGAAGGCCGUUAUUCUCCGUUGUUUUUCCUGAACUCAGCAUCUUGUUUCCAACACCAAAGAACUAAGAAUAAGAUCAUUGAGAAAGAAAUAGACCCCGAGCAUCCCUCUGAUGAUUAUUUUGAACCAAUAGCUCCAGAAUUCCAAGGAAGAGAGGCCAUCAGAAUCAGAAAUGUUAAAAAAGAAUACAAAGAGAAGUCUGGGAAAGUAGAAGCAUUGAAAGGCUUGCUCUUUGACAUAUAUGAAGGUCAAAUCACAGCAAUUGUGGGCCAUAGUGGAGCUGGCAAAUCUUCAUUACUAAACAUCCUUAAUGGGUUGUCUGUUCCAACGGAAGGAUCAGUUACCAUCUACAGUAAAAAUCUCUCUGAAAUGCAAGACUUGGAGGAAAUCAGGAAGAUAAUUGGUGUUUGUCCUCAGUUCAACGUUCAAUUUGACAUCCUCACUGUGAAGGAAAAUCUCAGGCUGUUUGCUAAAAUAAAAGGGAUUCUGCCACAGGAGGUGGAACCAGAGGUACAGAGAAUUUUAUUGGAGUUGGACAUGCAAAACAUUCAGGAUAACCUUGCUGGACAUUUAAGCAAAGGACAGAAAAGAAAGCUGACCUUUGGGAUUGCCAUUUUAGGAGACCCUCAAGUUUUACUACUAGAUGAACCAACUACUGGACUGGAUCCCUUUUCAAGGCAUCAAGUAUGGAACCUCCUCAAGGAGCGGAAGGCAGACCGUGUGACCCUCUUGAGUACCAAUUUCAUGGAUGAGGCUGACAUCCUGGCUGACAGAAAAGUGAUCGUGUCCAAUGGGAGAUUGAAGUGUGCAGGCUCUUCUGUCUUUUUGAAGAGAAAAUGGGGUCUUGGAUAUCACUUAAGUGUGUACAGAAAUGAAACAUGUGAUCCAGAAAAUAUAACAUCCUUCAUUAAUCAUCACAUCCCUGAUGCUAAAUUAAGAACAGAAAGCAAAGAAAAGCUUGUGUAUACUUUGCCUGUGGAAAGGACAAAUAAAUUUCCAGACCUUCUCAGUGAUCUUGAUAAGUGUUCUGGACAGGGUGUGAUGAGUUAUGACAUUUCCAUGUCAACUCUGAAUGAAGUCUUCAUGAAGGUGGAAGGAAAAUCAACUAUUGAACAAGAUUUUGAACAAGCAGACAUGAGAAGAGACACAGAAAGCCUGCGUGAAAUGGAGCCAGCUUGCUCUGCUGUUCCUGAAAUGCGGAAGGCUGUGAGUACCUUGGAACUCUGGAGAAUGCAGGUCUGUGCAAUCGCAUGGCUCCGUUUCUUAAAGUUAAAACGUGGAAAGAAAACGCUUUUGGCCCUACUAUUGAUAUUUGGAAUCUCCCUGUUCCCUUUGAUUGUGGAAACAAUAAUUGAUGCUGUAUUAGUUCAAAAGAAUGAUUGGGAAUUUAAACCUGGAUUCUAUUUCCUCUCUCCUGGACAACUUCCCCAAGACUCUCUUACUAGCCUGUUGAUCAUCAAUAACACAGAAUCAGAUAUUGAAGAUUUUAUACAGUCAUUGAAGCAUCAAAAUAUACUUUUGGAAAUAGAUGACUUUAAAAAUAGAAAUAGCACUGAUGACCUGUCAUACAAUGGAGCUGUCAUAGUUUCUGGUAAACAAAAGGAUUAUAGAUUUUCAGUUGUAUGCCAUACCAAGAGACUGCACUGUUUUCCUAUUCUUAUGAAUAUUAUCAGCAAUGGACUACUUCAGAUGUUUCAUAAUCGUACACAGUAUAUUCGAACUGAGAGGAGCGCAUUGCCUGUUAGUUACGUGUUCUGGACUGGGCUCCCGGAAGGCUCCCUCUUUUUACUUUUCAUUUCGUGCAGCAUUUCUCCUUACAUCGCCAUGGGCAGUGUCAGCGAUUACAAAAAGAGAGUGAAAGCCCAGCUAUGGAUCUCAGGCCUCUUCCCUUCUGCCUACUGGUGUGGACAGGCGCUGGUGGAUAUUAACCUCUUUGCCUUUAUUAUCCUUUCAACGUAUUUAUUUUUCUACUUAGUAAACAUACAGGGCCUUUAUAUCACAAGUCGAAUUGUGUUUGCUUUGGUUGUAAUUACGUUUGGUUAUGCAGCUUCUCUUGUCUUUUUGACAUACGUGAUAUCAUUUAUUUUUCGCAAGAGGAGAAAAAAUAGUGGCUUUUGGUCAUUUUGCUUCUAUAUUACCUCAACCAACUUUUAUGACAUCGUUGUAACUCAUUUAGAGGCACCUAUGAUGAUAUUGGCCAUGGUGUUAUUGCCUUCAUUUACCUUGGAUGGAUUCCUAGCUUUUUUGAUGUUGGAAUCCUUUCAGCACCAAGAAAUAUACGAAAACGAAAAUUUUGACCUGAGUGAAGUUGAUCUUCUAGUAUGCCUAAUACCCUACUUUCAGGCUUUGCUAUUCGUUUUUGUCCUAAGAUGCAUGGAAAUAAAGUGUGGGCAGAAAAUAAUGCAAAAGGACCCUGUUUUCAGAAUUUCCCCUCGAAGUGGAAAGGCUCGACCGAAUCCAGAAGAACCUGUCGAUGAAGAUGAAGAUGUUCAAGCAGAAAGAAUAAGAACAGCCGCCGCCCUGACCGCGGCAAACUCAGAGAAACCCGUCAUAAUUGCUAGCUGUCUACACAAAGAAUAUGCAGGUCAGAAGAAACGCUGCUUUUCGAAGAGGAAGAAGAAAAUAGCAGCAAGAAAUAUCUCCUUCUGUGUUAAAAAAGGUGAAAUACUGGGAUUGCUUGGACCCAACGGCGCUGGUAAAAGUUCAUCAAUAAGAAUGAUAGCUGGGAUCACGAAGCCAACAGCUGGAGAGGUGCAACUGAAAGGAUGUAGUUCCAUUUUGGGCCACCAGGGAGAUGACAUGGUCAAGUUCCUGGGGUACUGUCCUCAGGAGAAUGCGCUGUGGCCCAAUCUGACGGUGAGGGAACAUCUGGAGGUGUUCGCGGCCGUGAAAGGACUGAGGAAAUCUGACGCCGCUGUAGCCAUAUCACGGUUGGUGGAUACUUUCAAACUGCGUGAGCAGCUGAAUGUGCCAGUGCACAAACUAACGGCAGGAGCCACCAGAAAGUUGUGCUUUGUGCGGAGCAUGCUGGGAAAUUCACCUAUCCUGAUUCUGGAUGAACCAUCUACAGCCAUGGAUCCAAUAGGACAGCAGCAAAUGUGGCAGAUGAUCCAGGCAGCCAUUAAAAACACAGAGAAGGGGGCCCUCCUGAUCACCCAUUACCUGGCUGAGGCCGAGGCCAUUUGUGACCGCAUUGCCAUCAUGGUGAACGGGAGACUGAGAAGCAUCGGCUCCAUCCAACACCUGAGAAGCAAACUCGGCAAGGAUUACAUUCUACAACUAAAAGUGAAGGAAACUUCUCAAGUCACUUUGGUCCACACUGAGAUUCUGAAGCUUUUCCCACAGGCUGCACAGCAGGAAAGGUAUCCUUCCUUCUUGACCUAUAAACUGCCCGCGGGAGAUGUUCACCCUUUAUCUCAGGCCUUUCACCAAUUAGAGGCAGUGAAACAUAAAUUUAACCUGGAAGAAUAUAGCCUCUCUCAGUUCACGUUGGAAAAGGUAUUCCUAGAGCUUUCUAAGGAGCAGGAGGUGGAAAAUUUUGAUGAAGAAGUUGAUACCACCAUGAGAUGGAAACUCCUCUCUCAUUCAGAAGACCUGUAAAACCUCAAGCCUAAUCAUUCCUUGUUGAUAUCAUAUAAACUUAUGUUUUAUGUAAUAAUUUACAGUAUGUAUAAUUUUUUUCAAUUGUUAACAUCAAUAUUUUGUAUAUUUAGUCAAUAAAUGAAUAAAUUUUAAAAUUAUCCUUCCUCUCAAAUUUAGGGAUGAUAGACAAUCUGUGAUAAAAGCAGUACAGAGUAUUAAUGAAGUUAUCUGACGAGCCAGGCACUGGAUGUUGAGGAAAUAAAAGCACAAACUUGGAAUUUUUCAAAGCAUGACUUUUUUGAAAUAUGACAUUUACUAAAAAAUUGUCUUGCUGAACUAUGUGAGGGAUGUAUUCAACAGCCGCAAAGCUCUGUGAUUGCUGCAUGCUAGUUUGUGAUACAUCAGGUGUUUACAUUUGUUUUAAUACCCACAUACAACCCAAGAGUCUUCCUUGAAACCUUUUCAGAAUUUGUCUUGAAAUUCACGGGGUUAGGGGAUCUGGGCUCACAAAUGAAUAAGCACGUGCAUUGGAAAAGCAGUUCAAAUACAUCUUUUGUAAGCAAUGAAAUUCACAGCAGUCUUUAUUCAGAUUUAUAAAAUUUUGAAUGUUAUAUUAAGUAAUUAUGAUUUGGCGGUGGUAGUGAUUUCCCUCAUCAAUAGUUUUCUGUGUAUUUCCUGCUAUUUUAGAAUAAUUUUUAUGUUAUAUAAGUGUAUGUACAUGUGUACACACACACACACACGCACAAAUCUUUUGUAUUACUCGAUUAAAAAAAUAUGUCAGCUUUACAUAUUAUUUUUUUCCUUAAACAAUAGCUAUUUCAUUUUGAAUAUCAACAGAAAGUUUUUUGAAGACUAAGCCAUAUUCCUGUUGUUUUGGACGAUAUGUUAUAUAACUUAAAAAAAUUGUUAUGCUCACCAAAGAAAAUUUGUGUAAUGGGAAAACUAUAGAAAUUGAAUAAAGUUGAAUAACAGAAUCACUACAAUUUCUCCAUACAAAAAAAAAAUCAACUACUUUCUUCUUUCUUGAGUGCAUUCUUUAUAGAGUUGGAAUCAUUAUAGUACAUGUAACUUCCUAAUUAGGUAUGUAUGCAUAUUUGCUGGUAUAACACUGAAUUGUUUUAAUUUACUUUUAAACUUAUGGUGAGGUUGAAGCUUCACGUUUGCAUUUUAUUUUGUGUUAAUUAUUUGUAUUCUUUGUUCAUUUUUGUGCUUUAAUCUUUUUCUUGUACAUU